UUAUAGUUAUUCGUAGCUUGACAGUCAAACUAGUAACAAUAGAACAAAUACCAAAAUUAAAGUGCUUUUAUAAUUAUAGUGACUAAAGUGUUCUUUAAAAUAUUCGUAUUUUACAACAUACACUAACCGCAACAGGGUUAAAGAUAAAACUGUCGUUACAAAAUGAGGAAUUACGAAUGCGAAAUAUUUGCAAUUAUAGCGGCUGUCGUAUGUGCAGCUGCUUACUCAAUAGAGACGACUUAUCGCAGUAGCCUAAUGCAUCCGUAUCCGCCCUUUAGCUAUUACGACGAUGGCAUUGAUCCUGGCGAAGCUCUUUUCGUAACACCACUGAUGAGAAACCAUUCAUUGUCCAAGGAGGAUAUUCAAAGUAUGGUUAGUGUCAGGGGCAAACAGUUCCUCAACGUCAAAAGCUAUGCGGGUUUUUUGACUGUAAACAGUACCUACAAUUCCAAUCUGUUCUUUUGGUAUUUUCCCGCUGAGCAGCAGCCGGAAAAUGCUCCUGUUGUGCUCUGGCUGCAAGGCGGACCCGGGGCAUCCUCCAUGAUUGGUUUGUUCAUGGAGAAUGGUCCACUGAAAUUGCACUCCGAGGGCAAAUUGCAAAAGCGCAAGUACAGCUGGAGCAAGACUCACAAUACGAUCUUUAUCGAUAGUCCCGUUGGCACAGGAUUCAGUUUCACCGACCAGGAGCAGGGUUAUGCACGUAAUGAAGACGAUGUGGGUCGGGAUUUGCAUGAGGCCUUGAAGCAGCUCUAUGAGCUCUUUGAUUGGAGCAACUCAUCGGGCUUCUGGGUCACAGGCGAAUCUUAUGCUGGAAAAUAUGUGCCGGCCUUAGCCUAUCACAUCCACAGAGCGCAGAAGUCUCGCGGCUUCAUGGGAAUGCACAUUCCUUUGAGGGGCAUGGCCAUUGGCAAUGGAUUGUCGGAUCCGGUGAACCAGCUCAAAUAUGGAGACUAUCUUUAUCAGUUGGGACUGAUCGAUGACAACGGCCGGGCGGGUUUUCAUGCAGUCGAGGCAACCGCAGAGGAAUGCAUUCGAAAUAAGGAUAUGGUCGGUGCAUUUAAGAUAUAUGACUCUUUGAUCCUGGGAGAUUUGGACAAAGGUUCAAUAUUCAAGAACCUAACGGGCUUUGAUUGGUUCUACAAUUAUUUACAGGCCCAUGAUGAUAACUCUUUCACCAAGUUGGGCAAUUUUUUGCAAUCUGGCGUAACUCGUCGUGCGAUUCAUGUGGGCAAUCUCACCUUUCACAACAUGGAUAAGGAGAAUAAGGUGAAGCAUUACCUGAUGGAAGAUUUUAUGGACAGUGUAGCAUCUUGGAUUGAGGAGCUAUUGGAAUAUUAUCCCAUCUGCAUGUACAGCGGACAAUUGGAUGUCAUUAUCGCGUAUCCCCUGACACGCAACUAUCUUAAACUGUUGAAGUUUUCAGACGCCGAUUACUACAAGAUUGCGCCACGGAAAAUCUGGCGGGUUGAUGGAGAAUUGGCGGGUUAUGUGAAGCAAGCGGGUAAUCUGAUUGAAGUUUUAGUUCGAAAUGCGGGUCAUAUGGUUCCCUAUGACCAACCUAAAUGGAUGUACGAGCUGAUGUAUCAUCUCACUCAUUAAAAACACCCAGUGUGAAAUUUAUUAUUUUGUAAAUUAUACUACAUAUUUAACGUUUUUACGCGGAGAUACCCCAAACGAUAAUAACAAAGAGAUGGUUUGAAGUGGUAUUAUU